AUGGCGACCAACAUCACCUGGCACCCGUCCCUCUCCCGCGCCGAGCGCAACACGUUCCGUAAGCAACCUGGCUUCACUAUAUGGUUCACCGGUCUCUCUGCAUCCGGAAAGUCCACAAUCGCAACUGCGCUCGAGCAGCACUUGUUGCAUUUGGGCUUCGCUGCCUACCGUCUCGAUGGCGACAAUGUGCGCUUCGGGUUGAACAAAGACCUCGGAUUCAGCGAGAAGGACCGCAACGAGAACAUCAGGCGUAUCGCGGAGGUCGCAAAGCUCUUCGCUGACUCCUCCACAAUCGCCAUCACAUCCUUCAUCUCGCCCUUCGCUGCCGACCGCAAGACUGCGCGUGAUCUGCACGCCGAAGUCAAGGGCAAUGAUGCACCGCUCGAGUUCAUCGAAGUCUUCGUUGACCUGCCGCUUGAGGUCGCUGAAGCGCGUGACCCCAAGGGUCUCUACAAGCUCGCUCGUGCGGGUAAGAUCCCAGAGUUCACCGGUAUCAGCAGCCCGUACGAGGCGCCUGAGAACCCGGAGAUCUACAUCAGGAGUGAUCAGAAGAGCGUCGAGGAUGCGGUGGCAGAGAUUACGCAGUACUUGGAGAAGAGGGGAUUGUUGAAGUUGGCGCAGUAG